AUCUACUCUUGUCCAAAUAUAACUCCCAUUGCCGCCGCCACCGGUGCCGAUCCCCGUGAUUACCCCACUUCCCCGUGGUUAUAAGGAUGGUCUUUAUUACAGUUUACUAAACCACUGCUCGAAUCAUGGCCCUUACAGUUGAUCGUCACCUUGCUAUCCUCGCUGGCAUUUCUCUUUCCUUUGUCGCCGUCAAGGCACUCAAGGGGUUCAUCAAAAAGCGACAGAAUAAUGCUCCUCUUCCUCCUGGCCCAGUGCCCCUCCCACUGUUGGGGAGCGUCUUAUCUAUCGACGCUUACGAGCCUUGGCUGACUUACACCGAGUGGGGUGCUGUGUAUGGGGACUUGGUCUUCGUGCGAAGUCUAGACGAGGAAAUGGUCGUGAUCAAUUCUCAGCACAUCGCAGAAGCCUUACUGGACAAGCGUUCUCGGAUUUACUCCGAUCGACCAUACCUAGCAACACUCGAGCCAUAUGGUUUGUCGAUCGACUUUGGAUUCAUAGCUUAUGGCGAUGAAUGGCGUCUCUGCAGACGACUUUUCCACCAAACUUUUCGCCCCGAGUCUGCAGCAAAAUUUCGCCCAAUGCAAAUCAAGCGGGCUCGUGAGAUUAUCGUCAACCUGGUCGAUGACCCUGAAAAUUAUUACGACCACUUCGCAACAUUCUCGUUAUCUGUUGUGAUGUCAACAGUAUACGACUACAAUAUCAGUGCUCGUGAUGAUCCUAUGGUGCAGACCGUGAUAAAGGCACUGGUUCCAGGCUUGACCGUGUUGUCCCCAGAGAGAGCAUUAAUGCUCAAAACCUUUCCCUUCUUACUAAAGGUACCUGACUGGUGCUGGGGAUCCUCGAUCAAGCGUAGUGCUCGAGGUUCGACGGAGCGCAUCAAUGAAAUGGCCGAUAUGCCGUUUCGAUAUGUGCAGCAGCACAUGGCCGACGGGUCGUCGCUCGCUCAAUCUUCGAUGGUUGCAGAAAAUUUGCAACGGAUGGAGACGCAAGAGGAGGCAUUCAAACCUGCAUUCGAGAAUGCGUUGAAGAAAGCAGCUACUACUGCUAUUAUAGCUUCAUAUGAGUCGGUAAAUGGACAGCUCCAUCGUGUUGUCCGCUGCUUAUCCUCGUCACAGAGUGCAGCAUCUUUGAUGGUUUUUUUCCUGGCCAUGGUAUUAUAUCCUGAAGUUCAGAAACGCGCACAAGCGGAAAUCGACUCAGUGAUUGGAAAAGAACGGCUGCCAACGUUCGAGGACAGAGCAUCGCUACCCUACAUCGAAGCAGUCCUGCGAGAGACUUGGCGAUGGCAGCCUGUUGCGCCUCUUGGCGUAGCACAUGCCGCUUCAAGUGAUGACGUAUACGAUGGGUACUUCAUUCCAAAAGGCGCAAUCAUCACAUACAACACAUGGGCCAUUACACGGGAUGAAAAACGGUACCCCGACGCAUCUAAUUUUAUACCAGAGAGGUUCAUUGAUAGCGAUGGUGCGUUGACAAGUGAUGACCCUGCACAAUACAUCUUCGGCCUUGGCCGGCGUGCAUGUCCAGGGCGGUAUAGUGCUGAUUCCUCCGCGUGGGCUGCCAUUGCAACCAUGUUAGCCACGUUGGAUAUUUCUCCUGCAAAAGAUGACCAGGGCAAAGUGAUCAGUUUUACUCCCGAAUUCAUCCCAGGAUUGGUCCGGUUUCCUGCAAACUUCCCUUGCAGUAUUUCAGCACGGUCUCAUAUUCAUUCAGACGCUGUGGACAGUUGGCGAACUGCCGAGUUUUGAAAAGAAGGGAUGGCAGUUUGUCAUCCGUGGUAGAGGUGACGUAGCAAUCGAUCAAGUACUUCUUGCCAGUGUAUAACAGGUCAGAAAACACGAUGAACGUGUCGGUUAUUCGAGGGUUGUAACGUUAGGGUGACGGGGUGCUUGCCAUUUGAAGGUGAGAUCAUUGGGGCUUGGUGGGCAGCCUGGGUGGCUGGGAUUAAUAUCUCACACGGUAGCCGAGGAUCCGAGGGGAGUUCUCGUGAAAUUCGUAAA